UGCAUUUCUAACUUUUUUUUUAUUCGCGUCUAGUGAUCUAGAGCAUACCCAUGUUUAUUGAUGAGAGGGUAGACAAAUAUAUCCUUACAUACAUCAGUGUGUAUUCCUAUACAUCAGUGUGAAAACAUUGAAAUUGUCGUCACGGCUUUCUCAUUUGUUUUUAUGCGACACUUCCUUGCAUGAACAUAACGCAAAUACUUAUGCGCAUACCUACCUACGUCGAUAUCAACAUUAUCAUCACGAAAUCUCGAUUCUCUCUACCUGAUUAAGGGUUUCCAUCUACAGCACGAGAAACCGUUCCAUUAAACUACGCAAUUCGACUGCAGAUAAAUUAUCCAUAAAUGAGAAACGAUACAAGUCCCAUGACAAUGGCUGCAUCCCGCUCUUCCUCCAAUACCCACAUCAAAGACGAAGGGCUGGACGAGGAUGUUGAUAUGACAUCACCGCCACGCUCCCCGAUCAAGGAGACUCCUGUGAACAGCAAGAAAUUUGAGAGCAGCUCCCCUAUUUUCAAGAAGCCAAACCACCUCAGCAUGCGCCCCAAAGACUCUCUGGAACAACCCGUGUUUCCUACGGCCCAGAAUUCGAAGACGACACCGAAUGAAGACCACUGUGACAAAUAUGGCUUCUGGCGUGGAGAUGGUAUUACGAGCAAGAAGAGAUAUUUCAAGUUCCGAAGUAUGGCAGCGAUGAUUGAGGCGCACGUGGAGGAAUUGAAGAAAAGGCCAAUGAGGGAUGAUACAAAGGAUUCUCUUAAAAGCUCAAUGGAAGCUUUACAUAUUGGAAGAGUCUAACUUAAGGAUCAAAAAGCACAGUAAGGCGACUGGCGGUUGUGAGAUGGUGAUGGGAUGUGAAUCGGCCAACCUUUAUGUACUACCUAACCUAGGGUACUAGGUACUAAAAGGGGGAUUUACUAAGGUGCAAGCUUACAUAAGGUACUGGUAGCCCCUCAUGUAACCCCGCAACUUUUCAAUGCGUCUGCCCCACCAUCCCACUACAGUAUUGUACAAUACAAUAGUUACAUAACUACCUACGUAAGCUAGGUUAGUACCUUGUGUAGUUAGGGACCUUAGAGUAGACAAAAAGACGUGACGCGACUUGAAUGCUGUCUUUUU